AUGAGCGGCCCGUAUGUCCCGCCGGGACAAUCUCCCCCUUUUCAAGUGGUAGAUGAUUUGCAUCAUGGAGCUUGGAUUAUCAUCACUGGAGCUUUGGGUUUGGUCGUAUCUCUCGUCAGCUUCUUUAUCAGAUUGUAUGUGCGACUUGCUCUCCAUCCGCCGUUUGCAUUUGAUGAUUAUCUUCUCCUUGGAGCGACGAUAGUAGCAACAGUGCAGGCAGCACUCCUCUUCAAUGCCGUAUCACAUGGUUUCGGGACAUCAAUCUACCUUCUGGAACAAAAACAGGUGGAUAAAAUUCAAACACUCAUCACAGUCAGCGACAUCCUCUACCUCAUCACCGUCUACAUCUCCAAAUGCUGCGUCUGCGGCAUCUACCUUCGUCUCACGCCCCAGAAAUGGCAUAACCGAGCUUCUAUAGCUACUCUCGCUCUAUGCACAGCAUGGGUCAUACCGGCCGUUUUCAUCAUCGCGGUGAACUGCGAAUUGAAUCGUCCCUGGAAAGGUUCCGGAGGACAAUGUGUGAAUCUGUCCAAACGCUGGCAAUUCAUUGUCGCAUUAGACAUAGCGACUGAACUGAUAAUCUUCGGACUAGCCGUGUUCCUACUCUGGGGACUAUUCAUGCCUCUCAAGCGCAAGCUGACUAUCGGAUUUGCGUUUAUGUUUCGGCUUCCCUUAAUAAUCUUCUCCGUCUUCCACAUCUACACCAUCCUACUCCUCGUCCACUCCCCCGAUCCCACACUAGCCGUCGUCACACCCAUCAUCUGGGCCCAGGUUGAGCUCAACUACGCUCUCGUGGCAUGCAGUAUCUUCUGUCUACGGCCGUUCAUGGCGGCAGUGAGCACUAAUUACGGGACGGCGGGUGAUUCGAAUCUCGAGAGUACGAGUGGAGUGUCGCGGUCGUGGAAGGGCGAUUCGUCUAAAGCGGGGUCUGGAAGACAGAUUUAUAUGAAUCAUGAGGAGAGGAGAUCGUGGAGGGUAUCGAGGAGGUUGGAUGGUGGGCAUCAGGCAGGUCCUGUGGCUGAAACUGACAUUGAACUUGGUGAGAUGGAUGGGCAGCGCAGUGUUGGAAGUGAUGGUGGGAGUGCGAAGAUGAUGAUUCGGAAGGAUGUGGAGUAUACGAUUGAGUAUGAUAGGCAUUCUGAUUUGUGCAUGUCUGGUGCUGAUUGGAGGUAG